GUUUUCGUGCGGUUUAAUUCCAGCCAUGGGUUCCCGGUGGAGUUGGAGCAGGGUGCGAGUGUGUCUGAGCUGAAGGAGGCGGUGGGUCGUUUACAGGGCGUUCAGUCCGAUCAGCUGCGGGUCAUCUUUGCUGGACGAGAGCUCUGCAAUGAAUCCACACUUCAGGGCUGUGAUCUCCCGGAGCAGAGCACGGUUCAUGUGGUCCUGCCCCCGUCCACCUCUGCCCACCGCUCAGAGCUCAUCCAGCAGCGCAGACUGGGCAGCGGGAUGGAGAGCCUGACCCGACUCGACCUCAGCAGCUCCCGUCAGACUACCGCAUCCGAAGGCCUGGCCGUCAUCCUGGAGACUGAAGCAUCCAGACGAGAGGACACCGCUGGACACACAGGAGCCAAAGCCCACAGCAGUUUCUAUGUGUUUUGUAAGACGGUCUGUAAGGCCAUCCAGCCUGGAAAACUGCGUGUUCGGUGCAAAGACUGCAAACAGGGCACCCUGACUCUCAGCAGGGGGCCGAGCUGCUGGGACGACGUCCUUCUCCCAAACCGGAUUCACGGAGUGUGUCAGUCACAAGGCUGUAAUGGCAGACUGGCGGAGUUCUACCUGAAAUGUGCUUCCCACCCCACAUGUGAUAAUGACACUUCAGUGGCACUGGAUCUGAUCAUGCCCAACACACGCAGAGUGCCCUGCAUCGCCUGCACAGACAUCAUGACUCCAGUGCUGGUGUUCCAGUGUGCCGAGCGUCAUGUGAUCUGCCUGGAGUGUUUCCACCUGUACUGUGUGAGCCGACUCAACGAGCGGCAGUUCACCCAGGAGCCGCUGCUGGGUUACUCUCUGCCCUGCGCAGCUGGCUGUCCUGAUUCGCUCAUUAAAGAGGUUCAUCAUUUCCAUGUCCUGGGAGAAGAGCAGUAUGAGCGCUACCAGCGGUAUGCGGCGGAGGAGUGUGUUCUUCAGAUGGGAGGCGUUCUGUGUCCUGCUCCGGGAUGUGGUGCUGGUCUGCUCCCUCCGGAUGAAGAGCGGAGAGUCUGCUGUGAGCCGGGGAAUAAUGAACUCGGCUGUGGGUUUGUGUUUUGCAGAGACUGUAAAGAGGAGUUUCACGAGGGUCCCUGCAGACACACGACCAGCACAGCAUCAGCAGGAGCCCUGCAGGGUUAUGUUGUAGAUGAAGAAGCGGCUCUUCGUGCUCGAUGGGAACAGGCCUCACAGGAGACCAUCACCAAAACCACUCACCCCUGCCCCAAAUGCCAAGUUCCUGUGGAGAAAAACGGUGGCUGUAUGCACAUGGUGUGUCCGCGUCCGCAGUGUAAGUUCGAGUGGUGCUGGCUGUGUCGCGUGGAGUGGAACAGGGACUGUAUGGGAAACCAUUGGUUCGAAUGAGCCGGAUUUGCUCUGGCAGAAACUCAGGAAAUAAAGCAAAUGGAAAGCUUG